AGGUACAAUCAGCCGGUGAGGUGAGAAUGCGAGGCAAUUGCUGGAUUCACUUGUGAUUUGGACUUUUGAUAGAUAAGUAACGCCCGAAGCACAGGUGAGACUGCACUUUUGGACACCCCACAGAAGACUGGACUAAUCGCAUUCGAUUCCCUUGAGGAUUUAGGAACAGCCGCAUUAUGCAACGCAUUGCUAUUAUCGGAGGAACUGGAAUGACCGGCGAGUGCGCCGUGGAUCACGCCCUAGAAAAGGGUCUCUCGGUGAAACUACUUUAUCGCACCGAAAAGACCAUCCCAGAACGCUUUAAGUCCAAAGUAGAGCUGGUCAAGGGCGAUGUGACCAACUACGAGGAUGUGCAGCGGCUCAUCGAGGGCGUGGAGGCAGUGGCCGUGGUACUAGGCACCCGCAACAAGCUGGAGGCCACCACCGAGCUCUCCCGCGGCACCGAGAACCUCAUCCGGGCCAUGAAGGAGGCCAAGCUCUCCAAGUUCUCCAUCGUCAUGUCCUCGUUCCUGCUGCGUCCGCUCAACGAGGUGCCCGCCGUGUUCCAUCGCCUGAACGAGGAGCACCAGCGCAUGCUGGACCUAACCAAGGCCUCCGGACUGGACUACAUCGCCAUCCUGCCGCCGCACAUCGCCGAUGAGCCGGCCACCGCCUACACCGUGGUGCACGACGAGGCUCCUGGACGUUUGGUGUCCAAAUACGAUCUGGGCAAGUUCAUCAUCGACAGCCUGGACCAGCCGGAGCACUACGGCAAGGUGUGCGGCAUCGGCAAGAGUCCCAAGAGUGCCUAGAAUCAAAAACCCAUCAUCCAUGACCAAUUGCAGCUGAUCGCUUGAGACGUACAAAUUUAAUUUGAUAUUCCUGUCGUAGUCCUAUUAAUUCGCCAAAUGUCUACAUACCCGUAAUGUGUAAUGUGAGCGCACAAUAAACUUUCCAUUUUAGAAGACACGAA